AUGGCUAAUGAGGGAGUACUCCUAGGAGAACCUAAAUGUCAACUAAGCAACGCAAUUAACCAAAUCAUAAAUGAACAGGAGACUGCGAUCCCUGUUAAAAUUAAUUUGAUCUCAAAAAGAGAUCAUGAAACAAAAUUGCCUCUACAAGACUACUUAAACCCUGGCAGGACCUAUUCCAAUAGGUCUGCUAUUAAACUAUCCAAAGAUGAUACCAAGAAAUCCGGGGUUAGCCUCGAAUACUUAUUCUUGGUACGUCAGAAUCCUUUUCGUGGAACCAUCUCGGAGCACCCACAUGAUCACAUCGAAUAUUUAGAUGAUAUGAUGGAUGACGAGUACAAUCGAUGUAAACUCUUUUCAUUUUCCUUAGAAGGCGACGCCAGAAAAUGGCUGGACAAACUACCUGCAGGGUCGUUGACCUGCUGGAAGGAUAUAAUGAAUACCUUAAUUAACCACUUCUUCGAUGAGACGCGUUACUGGGAUGUAAGGAAGAAAAUCUCCACUUUCCGCCAAGAUCCACGAGAAUCAUUCAGAAACGCUUGGGAGAGAUUCAAGAGUUACCAGCUUGAAUGCCCCCACCAUGGUUAUUCGGAACCGCAGCUCAUUAAUACCUUUUACAGAGGUAUUAACUUGCAUUACCAAAUCACGCUUGACACAGCCAGUGAAGGGAACUUCAGUACCAGGAUCCCUGAAGAAGCGAAGCGCUUGAUCAAGAAUGUAGCUACGGGUAGAUCCUACGAAAUAAUGGACGUAGAGCGAGGAAGGGGAGUUGACUCGAUGGAAGGGCCGCAAUUAGCCAAAAUCAAAGAGUCUAUAAACUCACUUCAUUCUGCUCUAGAGGAACAAAGCCAAUUUGGAAUUUAUCAAAUUGACGAUGAUACCCUUUAUGAAUUGGAACAACAGGUGGACUUCGUAGAUAUUCCAACCUUGAAAAAUGGAUAUCCUAUCCCUAACACCGAUAUUUUUACCCAAAAUUACGAUGCUACUGUUGGAUCACGCCGAGCCAAAGCGAAAUUUAGGUUAAACCAAGCUUUCACGGGAAAUCGUAAAAUAGCCACUGACCUGAACCGAAUGAUAGACAUAGUCUACAGUGAGCUAAUGAGUAAGUUCGACGCUUUAAGUGAACACAUUAAGAGACUGGACGGUCAGGUCGCGGAAAACGUGACCGCCAUCAAAAGAGAGACAGGACGUCUCCCUGGGAAAACUGGCGCGAAUCCGAAACGUCAAGUUAAUGCUGUGUUACUAAGAAGUGGAAAACACCUCAACCCGAGUACAAUAGAAAUCAACAAUGCAGGGAAACGUACUGAAGUUGAGAAAACCGGUGAAAGUAGGUCGCAACCAAUAAUCCUCGAUAGUCAUAACCUAGAAUCAGAAACACCUUGA